AUGAAACUGUUUCCCGCCAAAAUCUCUGAGCGGGCAACAUUGCAAAUCUAUGACGUCAGAGGCGAACAGUGCACUGUUGGCCGCGAAUGUUCACCAAUGACGUACCGCCGUUAUAGCGAGGUUUAAUGAAUUCCCAGCUAUAUAACAAAUCACUUAAAGACUGGUCCCGAGGGAAACAGUUAAUUUUGUUUCCCUCGGGACCAGUCAUUUAGUGUUCAAUACGAUUACGCCAAUUGCACCUCGAAUUCUUUGGAAAUGAACGUAGUUAACGUCCCUUACCUCUCUGCACAAGUUCUCAAUAUCCGCUCCAGAAAACAGCUGAUAUAAAAUCCUGUAUCGUAUUACCAGCUCAUAACAAUGGUUCGUACUGUGGCAACAAGAUCGUGGUGCAGGGUGAAGAUUGUGAUUGUGGAAGACCAACGGAGUGUCAAGCAGUGGACAAGUACUGUGUGGCCAGAGAUGACAAGCUUGGAACACCAGGAUGUACAGUGAGGCCAGGAAUGCAGUGCAGGUUAUAUACACCCUGGGGCGUUGGCUUAACUCGGAAAAUAGGCAGGGACAACCGGUUAUCAAGCGUUUUUUGGGGGGGAGGGAAAAAGGUCGGCGGACGACGAACCAUACAAAAAACAAGGGAAGGACACCUGAUCGUAGGUUAAGGCGGGGAAGCAAACGUUUCCUUGCCAGCCUAAAUGCAAAAGUUGACGCAAAUAAGCUGCCCGCCCUAAACGCUUGCUAUGGAAACUCUGGGAAACGUCUUCCCGCACAAACUAGCACAUAGGACACUAGCCAUUAAACCUCGAGUCUCCAGUGCGCAGGGCACAUCGAAAAUCUAUCCAACUGAGCAAGAGUACUUACUCGAUGGGACAUAUUUUUGUUGGAAUUGAGGAAUAUGGUAGCCUGUGUUGGUAAAGGAAUUUUGCGCGUUUCGUUGCCCAGCUUUCGAUUUUUGCUCGCACAGACACGCGAUGUAGAUUAAAAAUGAUCGUUUGCAAGCCCUUUCUAUUUGUAGACGCAGGACAGUUAUUUCUUUUCACAGUUAAGAUUCUUUAUCAGAACUUUUUCCUCUUCAGUCACGUCGCAGGGGAGACGAGUUGUAAAUAUCCUUUCAUUCGUUGAUGGUCAUAAGGGAGGAAAACACCCAUGCAGUGCGACUAAAGGUUUUGUUGCAAAUCUCUGGUACCAUGAUUUUUGGACCAUUUGGACGCUAGAUACAUCGGAAUGGUUUAUUUCAAACAGUUUCCAAGACACUGGAAUGUAAAGGACACCAAAACAAAUUAUUUCUCGAGUUUAUCUCAUUUAUUCUUAUUUCGGAAUACCGUCAGUCGAACACGCCCAUAAACACGCCCCAAGUUUAAUGAAUUUUCCUUUAACUCUUCAAAAUGGCCGCAGUGGGCGUUGCCUUGAAGAAUGGAAACCCAGUAACGUAACAUGUAAUAGCGGACCCAACACUUGCUUGGAUGGUGCCUGUACUGGAUCAAUAUGUGCCCUGUAUGGGACCAAUGAAUGCGAAUGUCAUGACGAUCCAGAUGAGAUGUGCCACGUCUGUUGUAACAACAGCCUUGUGAGUCUAUAUUAAGUUGGUGGAAUUCCGACACUGUUAUAGAACAUCCAAGAAAUUAUUUCGUGUUUUUAUAUUUAUCGUUUUGAGAACCAAAUAGUAGACUUUUAUUAUCCGAUCUACCCCUAGUCAAAACCCAUUUUCAAACAUGAAUCCUACAUCGAUAUUUAGGAAGGCAGUUUGGUCCGGUGUGGGCAAAAACAAUAGUAAAAAUAGAAAUAAAACCUUUUUUUUUUUUUGAAAAAAAGGCAAGUUUCCAAAAAAACACAAAUGGCCGCAAAAAAUCGGUAGCCAUGGUAACAUCAAUGUUGAGGUACACGUCACGAUGACUUUAAAAUGUUCCCAGAUAAAUUUCGCUAAGUUUGGCGGUCUAACUUGAACGGUUUUAUUAAACGUUAUUCAAGUUAUUAGAGAGGGAGCGGUCUGAAUAGGGUUAAACAGAGAAUUUGCAAAUUUACGGCCAAAGCCAUCUCUUUUUAGCCCGCUAAGUACUCUAAUGAUAGCAUGAACAUAGGAGUAAAUCCGCUCGCGAAAGUGCGGUGCAGUAGUGCUUGCUGGGGGAAAAAUUCUUUUGAGGGGCGGUGGUUGCCAUAUUUUUAUUGUUCCUGUAAUGUUCCUAGGCAAGCAAGGAAGAAAAAAAGAAAAGGAAACGAGAGUCCAUCUGAAGAGCCUCUAAUAACAAGAAGACAUACCAUUGUGUAUUGUUGAUUUACUGUUGCAGAGAGUCUGAGUGUCAACCAGCUACUAUCUGGGAAGGGUAAUUCUUAAGCGUUCCGGAAGCACUUGCAAGCUUCAUACUGGGUGUUGCGACUCGUUUGGAUUCUCAGGGACGCCUUUAAAAGAUUAUUCUCACUAUUCUCCAAAGCUGCUAUGA